GCACAAAUUGUCAUGAAGAUAGUUGAUCCGAAGGUGGCAAUUGCAAUGUUAAAUCGUAGUCAUGAUCAAAUUCCUCCAGCAAUGCCUGACUCUAGUGGUAUUGACACUUCCAGGCAGCCAAUCUCUUCUGCCCCUGCUGCGCCAAUUCCUGCGACCCCACAGCCUCCCUCAUUGCCACAGCAACAACCUCCAAUUGUCAACUCUAUGCCAAAUGCUCCCACUUACAUGAUACAGCAACCUGGUCCACCACAAUGCAUCGCACCUCAGUCUCAGCCUCAAAGUUAG